CCGCCCAUAGUAUUUUCACAUUCUUCCCACUCAUCAAAUCAACUGGCCCUCAAAGAUUAUUUUCAAAAAAAAAAAACUGGCCCUCAAAGAUCCUCUCGUUCUUUCUCUCUAUAUAUUUACGCACACCCUUUACAACACACGAGCAUAAUUCUUGAGUUCAAUUCGCUGUUACUGUAAAAAAGAGUAAGAGGGUGUUGGUUAUAAGCACUAAAGAUGCAAUCUUUGCAGCAGAAAGCAUCUGGAUGGAGUGGGGUGGCAACAGAAGAUGCAUUCGGGAUUGAUGAAACCAAUCUGUUUCAGAAACUUGGUCUCCAACCCUUCAUCAAUCUGUCCACUGAUUUCUACACCAGGGUUUAUGAUGAUGAAGAAGAAUGGUUUAGAUCAAUUUUUGCCAAUUCGAAGAAAGAAGAUGCUAUACAGAAUCAAUAUGAAUUCUUUGUGCAAAGAAUGGGAGGGCCUCCUCUGUAUUCUCAGAGAAAAGGCCAUCCCGCACUAAUAGGGCGUCAUCGACCAUUCCCCGUCACUCAUCGAGCUGCUGAGAGGUGGUUACAUCACAUGCAGCAAGCAUUAGACAACAGCACAGACAUUGAUGCUCAGUCAAAAAUUAAAAUGAUGAACUUUUUUAGGCACACUGCCUUUUUUCUGGUGGCUGGAGAUGAGUUGAAAAAUUCAAAUCAUGGAGUAUCCCCUAAGCCAGGAGCUAGCAAACCAGCAGCAGCGUAAACAACUUGACUUUCUAUCUUGGGGUUCCUUCAUGAACAUGAUUAUAUGUAUACUUCAUUCUAUCUUACAAAAUCACAUUGGUUUAAGAUGAACUUCCCAUCAUUCAAGCUUACUGAAAUUAAGCUUAAAGAUUAGAUUUUAUAUAUUCUACGAGUGACAAAGUUUAGAUUUAUCAAUGAAAAAAGUUAUUAGUCACACUUCUACUUGUGCUUAAUAUCAUGAAUAUAUGCAAUGAUUAAUGUUUGUAUGAAUAUUCAGUUUAUGUUGGUUGAUU